CACGCCCUGUCGCACGCGCCCACGCCUUUCGGGUGACAACUUUGACAGACGUCCCGCACAUAGCUUUCAAUUCGCUUUCAGCGCCCUAGCCUCCCAUACAUCACAGCAUCAGCAGCGCUUCAAGCUCCAAGCUCCACGCUCCACGCUCCCCACCACCACGACCCCACACCCCCUCGCCCUUCCGCCCGCAUGCCACCUCCCUCCCUCCUCCGACUCUGCACCCGCCUCCCAACAUCCGUAGCUACACCACGCCGACCUCUCACCUGCACGCGCUUCGCACCACGACCGACAAACACACGUCCCCGCUUUGGGCUCAGCAGGACAAUGGCAUCUUCCGCUGCGCCGCUGCAGGAGUGGCUCGUCAUUGCGCCGGACUUUGAGGGCGCGCUCGAGAAGCGGCUUGCCGUCCGCGGGGAGCAUCUUGCCGGGUUGAAGAAGGAUGAUGAGAGUUUCUGGCUGUGGGGUGGCGCGAUGCUAGAAGAGCCGAUCACAGAGGGCCAGGCACCGAAGAUGAAGGGGUCUGCGAUGCUGAUUGGGGCGAGCUCGCGGGAGGAGGUUGUGGAGAGGCUUAAGAAGGAUGUUUACGUCAAGGGGGAGGUGUGGGAUUGGAGUAAAGUGCAGAUUAUUCCGUUCAAGAGCGCGUUGAGGAAGGCCUUGUAGGCUGAGAGAAGGAGGUGCGUUGCAUUGCAUAGAGGACGAAUUUCGCCUUUUUCGAAGAGGUUCAAUAACGGAACGAAUAAUGUUACUGUCUGAAUUAAGUUGUGCUCAAGCUAAAUAACAUGCCAACAUCGUAAAUCAAUCA